AUGAUGCGCGCGAGAAGUUGGUACAUUUGGUUUGGCCUCGUUGUGCUCGUGUGGAGCUCCGUCGUUGUCAGCGAUGCAGUUCAGCAACCGGCGGUGGCUCUUUUUGACGUCGAGCGUCGCAGUGUCAUGUCCUCCACCGUUUGGAGCGAUAUUGACUUCGGUGGACGCAGCACCGUGGGUGGUGGGAGGCGGCCCGCACGGGUGUAUGCGCUUCAAGCGACACUGCCUUUGAGGGGCGGCGCAAAAGGCAACGGAGGUGAGGCGAAGUUGAAGAAGGACCUUUUGUUGAUUCCGUACUGUUUCGCAACCACCCACGUGCCUGAUCGCCGCGGCGAGGGCACGGCGCCUUCCUGCUCCCUGAGCCGCUUUGAGGGGCAUGUGCUGCUGCGGUUCCGUGGCGGAUGGGAGGAGAAUUUCGCGGCCUCACUGUGGCAGGACUCCACACCGAACAGCAAGGUUGACCUCGCCGGGCGCAUCUUUCGCGGGGCCCUUAACGACACCAGCGUAACAUUUCCUGUUCCGCGUGGCGACUCCUGGGGUGAGGCUUCGAAGUCCGCUGGCAUUGUGCGACGCUACGAACUCAUCGAGAACUGUAACGACUUUACCGACGAGUGCUUUCAGGCACGUUACAUGACGUACACCACGAGCUUCAAGGAGAUACCGCUUGAGAGGUACACUGGACGAAUGAUCUUUCAUGUGGGGCUUCUUGGGGCUUGGAACAAGCCCUGGACUCUACGGCUUCAGGGCACGAUGCCUCAUGAAUCCUACACGGAUGUCGACAUUGUCUUUGUGUUGCUUGACACACGCGAAUCCCGUAAUUGGGCAAUGUGGUUGACCUCAACCCUGUUUGGCCAGUUCUUCCUGGUUGUGGUCUGCGCCUUUGUGGUGGUGUGUUUCAUUCUGGGCACGAAGGAGUUGGGGAUGCGGCUUUCAGAGCCGGUUGCGCUGAAUGAACGCCACGUCACUGUUCUCUAUGAGGAAAAUGAAUCGGAUGAUGGACAAUGCCAGCAACUUUACCGGAUCAUGAUGGCUGCUAAGGAGACUUGCAUGAAAGUCGCCUUUCAGUUGCACGUGGCCCAACGCGCAGUGUGCCCUCAUUUCCGCUGUUGGCCGCGUCGCAGGUGGGGGGAAACGCGGUCGCCCGUCGUGACAGACUGCGAGAUGCGGGAGGAGGCCACAGCCGAGAAAACCCACCAUAAGCUUGAACCACAAAACACCUCAGUGGCGGUGGAUGAUAGUAGUGAAGAAGAGAGUGAUGGCGAUGAACACAUAUGCCGCAUCUGUCGCUGCAAGAAACCGGUGGAUGAAUUAUUUGCCCCAUGUGCCUGUGAUGGCUCUUCUAAAUACGUGCAUACAAGCUGUUUGGAAAGGUGGCGUGCCACUACGACAAACGCGGAGCAUAGAAGAGUUUGUGCGGAAUGCAAAACACCAUAUAUUAUAUUGUUGGAGCGAGUUCCGGUAUCACCAGAUGAAUUCCUUCACAGCCCAGUUUGCGUUCCGGCGUGCCGGUUCCUGGCCGCCCGCACCUUGGGUCUACUCUUCGUUCUUUUUCUGCUUUGGGGUGGUGGCUAUUACCUGAAAUUGUGCAUGUACCUCCUCACCGGUCUAGAUGAAGGGGUUGUGUGGUCGGCGGCCAACUUUUACCACUGGGUCUUGGGACUAUACAGUAUGGUUGCUCUGUGUCUCAAUAUGUGGGCCCUCGAGUAUAUUUUGACCGACUUUGUCGAGUCUUGGCAACAAUUGUUGCUUCUUGUCUUGUCUCUCUGCACAGUUGAGAUUCCACUAAAUUACGUGGGUCAAGUAGCCUUGUCAUGGCUGCUGAACAGGCCUUGGUCACUGGAAGUCUCGUACGGUUUGGGCAUCAUUGUUACCGCGGUGUCAUCUGUGACACUGCUUCCCCACCUGUACGUAUUCUUGCAGUCGCUCUCAGCUGAGCGUGAAGUCGUUGCACCACGUAUUGAAGAAGUAAGAAAUAGGAUCGUAUUAUGA